CCACUUUCCCCAGCUUCACCUAGUCCGCUCACGAUGAUCCGUUAUUGUUCUAUACCAGGGAGUCAGUCAAUCGCAUUGUCACAAACUCUUAACUAUUCACAAUGUCCUCGGAAGCUCCCUGGAAAGCAAUAGCCCAGCGCAAACGUGCCGAACUCCGGUCCCGGAUCCCUCCCUCAUGGCUCCUAAAGUCUCUCCCCUCUGCAGAUGUCCUUGAUGUUCGCACGAUCCCUCGAAGUUGCGGCAUCCUUACCUCACACGAACUCUCUAUAACCUCCUCCAAUGAUGCUACCUCCCUUGCUGAAGCUAUUCGAGCUCGCUCGCUCACUGCUGAAGAAGUAACAAUCGCAUUCUGCAAGCGUGCAGCCAUAGCUCAGCAAGUCUGCAACUGCCUCACAGAGAUAUUUUUUGACGAGGCAAUUGCACGCGCAAGAUUUCUUGACGGAGAAUACAAGCGGACAGGGAAACCACUUGGUCCACUCCAUGGCGUACCCAUAUCUUUAAAAGAUACUUUCAAGGUUAAAGGCUACGAUGCUUGUAUUGGAUUUGCGAGCUUGGUUGGAAAACCCGCGGCGGAGAACUCUUUGCUAGUUGAUAUAUUAUUGGAGCUGGGUGCUGUUCUAUAUUGCAAGACGAAUGUCCCCCAGACUCUGGCAGCUCUCGACUCGGACAAUAACGUCUUCGGACGAGUGCUGAAUCCUAGCAAUAGGAAGGUCACCGCUGGAGGAAGUUCUGGUGGCGAGGGAGCACUGGUUGGGAUGCGCGGGAGCGUUCUCGGAGUCGGUACAGAUGUCGGAGGCAGUAUCCGCAUCCCAGCAAUGUGUAAUGGGGUUUAUGGUAUCAAACCAAGCGUACAGCGAGUUCCGUACGUGGGUCAAGAAAGUGGUGCUAGAGAGGGAGCAAGCAGGAUCGGUUUGAGUGCAAGUGCUGGGCCCAUCUCUGUCAGUAUACGAGACUGCGAGCUCCUUCUUAAAGCUGUAUCUGACGCUAAGCCCUGGGACCGAGACCCAAGUCUUGCCUAUGGCCUAUGGGAUGAGCAGGGCUUCAUGCAAGAGAAGCCGCUUUUUGGCGUCAUACGGACAGAUGGUGUAGUGACACCUCUGCCUCCGAUAAAAACUGUACUCGAUGAAACCGUUGCUGCACUACGCGCAUCUGGCGUUGAAGUGAUCGAAAUUUCAGCACCAGCGCUCCAAAAGACGCAGUCCCUCGCCAAUAAGUUCUUUGGUGUUGAAGGUGGCAAUACCGCUUUCGAUUUGCUCGAAUCAACAGGUGAGCCAUUAAUCAAAUGGCUGAGCACUCGCAUGAGGAGGGGAAAGCAUAUGCCAACAGACCGCUUGAUGGAUAUUCAGGCUCAGAGAACAGCACUGGAGACCGAGAUGCUUAAAAUUUGGCGAGACCCGAAAACAGGGAGGCAGGUAGAUGCAGUGAUUUGUCCCGUGGCCCCGCACCCUGUGCCACCAAUUGACCGCUGGAACUCUUUGGGAUACACGAGUAGCUUCGUGCUUAUGGAUUAUCCUGCUGGCACUCUGCCAGUGAGAGAUUUUAACGAGAAGGAUUUAAAUGAAGAAAUCAGAGGUGGCAAUCCUUUAAAUCCAUGGGAUAAGGUGAACAAGGAGUUGUGGGAUGGAAAAACCAUUGACAGGAAGGUUUACCUCAACACAAAGCUUUCUGUGCAAGUGAUAGCGCCGAGGCAACAAGAGAGGAGGCUGUAUCAAGCAAUGGCAUAUAUCGACAGUAUUUUGCAGAAGAAUGUCGAUGGAUCUCGAGCGAAGCUGUGAAAAUACCAAUUACCGAAUUGGAUAGGCACUGUCUUGCCUGAUAGGGCGGCCUACGGCUACAGUGGAGACUUUAGCGAGAAGACCCCUGAAGAUAUGUUCCUCGGCUCUAGUGAUUUGUUUACUUCAAAUGAAAAUCAUCCCAGCAAAGCCAGUCACAGUGAACGCGAAUGCCACAAAUACGUACUAUUGUUUGGGAUGGUGAUAGAGACACGAGAAGAAACAUGUUUUCGAUGGGAGCUAUGUGUGCCACUUUUAUGUGUCAUUGUUUCCUGGUUGCCGUGUAGUAUAUUUACAAGAAGAAAGAAAUCCGAGACUAGAGUCCCUGACGCGGUAAUGACUGAGACCUGGAAGUCCACCAAUUUUCUUAUGGGGUCCAGAAGGAUUGCAUCCUGAUUUUGCCUUUCCAUCCCCCUCGGGCACCACCAUAUCCAUCCUCGAAUCUCCAACCUGGCCAUCGCACCGCCAACCCUCACUCUCCCAAAAAGUCUCUCCUGAUCUAAUAAUCACUGUCGCUGCAGCUCGAAUAGUCGGAGUCACUAUCAUGGUGGGUGCGCUGCUUCAGGCUCCUUCUCACAUUCUUCUUGUAGUACUUCUUCUUGCACUGGUUCUUGGGGAUGCACUGCUUCUUCUUGUGGCUGUAUGUAUAGCCCUUGCCGCACUUGUGGAGGUUCCGCUCCUCGACAGGAGCGCCGGCUUCAAGAGCUGCGCCUGGAGCUGGCUCAGGGUUGGCGGCAGGGGCGGCGGCCACACCCAUGGCGAUGAGGAGGACGGUGAAGAGUUUGGAGAUCUGCAUUUUGAUGGGGGGUGGAUGUGGGAGUUGAAGAAUUGAUUGAAGU